ACCCGCCACUCCCACGCGCCGCGCCCCCCUUCUGUCUCUCCCCCUCAGCGCUCUCCCCCUCUUCUGCCCCUCUGCCACAGCGUCUCGCUCCCUCGCUCCUCAGCCUGCCACUGCACUGCGCUCGCCCUGGCAGCCUCUGCCACUGCGCUCGUCCCGAACGCUCCCCCGAACGCUCCCUGGUCUUCGUUCGUCCAAGCUCACCCUCCCAGCUACUAGACGUUCUGCCACCGGCCUCCCAAGCGUUUAGCCUCGACCUCUCGCCCCGCGCUGCUCCGCUCCGCUGCUCCUCUGCUCCUCCUCUCCUCUCCUCUCCCUCUCCUCUCUCAGUUCCGAUAGCUCGAUGAGAAGACAUCCUGCUCCUCCUCCUCGGUUUCAGUGUCGCUCUUUUUUUCCUGCUUUGGCGAGCGAGCGCGCGGGGGAUCUUUGAGUCGCGGAGUUUUGAACGAGGCGGGCCUGGUGGUCGUGCGUGCGCGCUUCGGGUCGGUGCGCUUCUCCGCGGACGAGCUUUGGGCGGGCAGGCGGGCGGGCGGGCGCGCUGUCGGGCGAGUUGUAGGCUGUGCAGGUUCGGUGGGUAGUUUUCCAGUGUCGGACAGAUGUGAGAGCCGGCGACGCUUUGGUGAAUAUCGUGCCUGGACAGGAGGGAUAGGAUUUAGUCGGCGGCGACGGAAAAUUAUGAAGCGGUGAAUUCCUGGUAGAUCCAUUCGAUAGACAGGGGCGAUAGGAACAGCGUACAAUGUCAUCGUUAAGCAGGGAGCUCGUGUUUCUGAUACUUCAGUUCCUCGAUGAGGAGAAAUUCAAAGAAACCGUCCACAAGCUCGAGCAGGAGUCGGGCUUCUUCUUCAACAUGAAGUACUUCGAGGACCAGGUCCAGGGCGGUGAAUGGGAGGAGGUCGAACGCUACUUGUCUGGGUUCACCAAAGUCGAUGAUAACCGUUACUCCAUGAAGAUCUUUUUCGAGAUCCGCAAACAGAAGUACCUGGAGGCUCUGGACAAGCAAGAUCGAGCGAAGGCUGUGGAUAUUCUGGUGAAAGACUUGAAAGUUUUCUCCUCUUUCAACGAAGAACUGUACAAGGAGAUUACCCAGCUUCUCACUCUGGAGAACUUUCGGGAGAACGAGCAGUUGUCUAAGUACGGAGACACAAAGUCGGCAAGAAACAUCAUGCUCAUCGAGUUGAAGAAGCUGAUUGAAGCAAAUCCGUUGUUCCGUGACAAGCUCACAUUCCCGGCCCUGAAGGCGUCCCGAUUGAGGACCCUUAUCAAUCAAAGCCUGAAUUGGCAGCACCAGUUGUGCAAAAAUCCCAGGCCGAAUCCUGACAUCAAGACUCUUUUCAUCGACCACACAUGCGGCCCUCCGAAUGGCGCACGCGCUCCACCACCUGCCAACAACCCACUUGUUGGCACUCUGCCUAAGGGAGGAACAUUCCCACCGAUUGGUAGUCAUAAUUCCGUUCAGCUGCAGCCUUUCCAGCCAACCCCAGCGCCUUCCGCUAGUGCACUGGCCGGUUGGAUGGCCAAUCCCAACACCGCCGCUCCCCACGCCGCCGUUCCAGCUGGACCAGCUGCUCUUACUCCCUCUCCGAAUCCAGCUUUAUUGAAGAGGCCUCGCACUCCACCAUCAAACGCUCCUGCAGUGGAUUAUCAGUCUGCCGAUUCUGAUCAUCUCAUGAAACGACCACGACCUGGUGGCCAGCCAGUUGAGGAGGUGAAAGCGCAAGUGUACAAUGCUGGUGGUCCCAGCCACCCACAAAAUGCUUACACUCCAGACGAUCUUCCCAAGAAUGUUGCCAGGACUCUUCAUCAGGGCUCUUGUGUUAUGAGCAUGGAUUUCCAUCCCGUCCAACAGACAGUAUUGCUAGUUGGAACGAAUGUUGGCGAUAUUGGUAUCUGGGAAGUUGGAUCGAGAGAUAGGCUUGCGCAGAGGACAUUCAAAGUUUGGGACCUUUCAGUUUGUGGUAUGCCUUUACAAGCUGCUCUUGUCAAAGAUCCGGCUGUUGCUGUCAAUCGGACUGUGUGGAGUCCAGAUGGAAGUUUGCUCGGUGUUGCAUUUUCCAAGUACAUUGUCCAUAUCUACGCCUACAACGGAGGGAGCGAUUUGAGGCAACAUUUGGAGAUUGACGCACAUGUUGGCGGGGUGAAUGAUCUUGCGUUCUCUCAUCCUAACAAACAACUCUGCGUCAUCACAUGUGGUGAUGACAAAACCAUAAAGGUGUGGGAUGCAGUCACUGGGCGAAAGAAUUACACCUUUGAAGGGCAUGAGGCUCCUGUGUACUCUGUGUGUCCUCAUCACAAAGAGAGCAUUCAGUUUAUCUUCUCCACUGCUAUCGAUGGAAAAAUCAAGGCGUGGUUGUAUGAUCUCUUGGGAUCUCGAGUGGACUACGAUGCUCCUGGCCAUUGGUGUACAACAAUGGCGUACAGCGCCGACGGAACAAGAUUGUUCUCUUGCGGUACAAGUAAAGAGGGUGAGUCUUAUCUUGUCGAAUGGAAUGAGAGCGAAGGAGCCAUCAAGCGAACGUACUCUGGGUUCCGCAAGAGAUCGUUGGGUGUUGUGCAGUUUGACACUACACGGAAUCGUUUUCUGGCUGCUGGCGAUGAGUUUCUCAUCAAAUUUUGGGAUAUGGAUAACGUCAACCUUUUGACUACUAUUGAGGCUGAUGGUGGUCUGCCUGCCAGUCCAAGGCUACGGUUCAACAAAGAGGGAUCACUGCUGGCUGUGACUUCCGCUGAUAAUGGCAUCAAGAUUCUUGCGAACUCUGAUGGAAUGAGGCUGUUGAGAGCAUUCGAGAGCAGAGCCUUCGAGAAUACCCGAGGACCUCCAGAGCCUGCUGUUACCAAGGCACCUGGAGUAAACUCUAUGACGGCGGUUAGUAGUGUGCCUUCCGGACCUCCUGUUGGAGGUCCGGAUCGACCCGACAGAAAUACUGCCUCGGCCACAAUGGCGGGUCCAUCGAUGGACGGGUCAAAUCUGAUUGUGGGCCAGGCGCGUCCCCGGGACAGGGGUGGAAAUGACCAUGUGACCCUUUCAAAUCCGACCAAUUUUUCACGAAACGCCGACGGGAAUGGAGUCGACAACAAUCGUCCUCCAGAACAAAAACCAAGGGUACCAGAAGACUUGACGGACAGAGUUAAGAGUUGGAAGUUGACUGAGAUAUCUGAUCCAGGUCAAUGUAGGUCGACUAGACUUCCUGACACUUUACCUGCAAGCAAGAUAUCGAGGUUGAUUUACACCAACUCCGGAGUGGCACUGCUAGCUCUUUGCUCGAGUGCCGUUCAUAAGCUAUGGAAGUGGCAACGCACUGAGCGUAAUCUUACUGGAAAGGCCACGGCAACUGUACCACCCCAACUCUGGCAACCAGCGAGUGGUAUUCUUAUGACCAACGAUAUAAGCGACAACUCUUCAAAUCCGGAGGAAGCAGUACCCUGUAUUGCGCUUUCAAAGAAUGAUUCGUAUGUCAUGUCAGCAUCUGGAGGAAAAGUGUCAUUGUUCAACAUGAUGACCUUUAAGGUUAUGACCACAUUUAUGCCGCCACCACCUGCGGCAACUUUUCUUGCGUUCCAUCCUCAAGACAACAACAUUAUUGCUAUAGGGAUGGAGGAUUCAACUAUACAGAUUUACAACGUCAGGGUAGACGAGGUUAAGAGCAAAUUAAAAGGACAUCAGAAGAGAAUUACAGGAUUGGCAUUUUCAAAUGCUUUGAAUGUUUUGGUUUCUUCUGGUGCAGACGCACAGUUGUGUGUAUGGGGUACGGAUGGUUGGGAGAAGCGAAAGGCGAAAUUUAUCCAAACAGGACGUGCACCCCAACCUGUGGGUGACACCAGAGUACAGUUUCAUAAUGAUCAGAUCAGGCUACUUGUAGUACAUGAGACACAACUCGCAAUAUACGACGCUUCGAAGUUGGAACGCAUUCGUUAUUGGGUACCGCGAGAUUCUUUCACAGCUUCAAUUUCAAAUGCAACUUAUUCCUGCGAUAGUCAGUUGGUAUAUGCGGGAUUCGUAGAUGGAUCCAUCGGUGUUUUUGACGCGGAGAGUCUACGUCCACGUUGUCGUUUGGCGGCAUCGGUCCACAUUCCUCCUGGUGUUAGCGGAGCUACUGCAUAUCCUCUUGUGAUCGCAGCACAUCCUUCUGAAGCCAACCAGUUUGCGCUGGGGUUGAGUGAUGGGGCUGUUCAGGUUAUCGAACCUUUGGAAUCAGAGGGAAAGUGGGGCAUUGGUCCUCCCUCCGAUAAUGGAGGACCUUCAAGCGUGUCUGGACAAACCUCCAUUCAAAAUUCUGAUCAAGCUCCGAGAUGACCGACUAGUGGAUAGAGAAAUUAGGCAGAAUUCGAUAUAUUGCAAGGCAGGUCAUGAAAGCAGGAGUAUGUGUGUAUCUUUGAGUAUUGCACACAUUUAUUAGAACAUUGUAGGAGGGAGAUAGGUUCUUCAUUCAUUUUUGUGAGCACCUUGAUAGACGAACGAUGGAUGGUGGUAGUGUAUGGCAGUAGAUCGGCCGUAAGGGGUUAGGGUAGAGGGUAUUGGAGGCGAGUUAGGUGCACCUGUACAGAAAUCCUGCUUUACUCUUAAUUUCUGAAGAUGUUAUCUGUCUGUGUCGUGGCGGGCAGCAGAAGGGCCAAGAGAAGAAGCGGGGCCGGACCAUUGGUCGUUAGGAAAUGGGGUGUAGACCCUUCGAAGGGAUCCACCCGUGGCUGCUUGAAAGCCAGUGUAUACAAGCCUCAGCUAAUUGAAAUAGCUUCUUAAAUUAAGUUGCAAGUGACCUUGCCUUAGGAUUAUCU